GAUCGGUAAACCCAUCGACGGAAACCUAAAUUAUCGACAUAUCGGGGGAAAAAAAAAAAAAGGUUUACGACAAAGAGAUUGAAUAUUACUUUUUAAUUGACAGACCUUAUGAUAAAAGAGGAAAAAGAAUAUACAAAGUUUGAGAAAAUAUACAAUUUAAAGACGUUCUUUUAAAUACAUUUGAAUUUUCACUCGAUGAUGACCUAUCUAUCAUCUUUCGAGCAAAGUGAAACCGCACGUUGAAGAAAACGGAUUGUUCCUUCGAGCGACUGUGACUUUCUAUGAAAAAGAGAGUAGUAGUCAGUCUGUGGUCCAUCGGGAGAGAGUAAGGAGAAGGGCUUCGUGGACGACGACGACGACGACGACGACGACGAAAGGUAACGGAGAUCAGAACGAUUCGAAGAGAGUGGUCUCGGAUGGUGAUGCGUUUCCGUUCCUCAUCAGUAGUCACUCGCGUCUCGCGGUGGUCUAUUCUCACACGCACAUAUCUUCGUUCCACGACGAAAGUAUCCGAAAACUGAUAAUCAAUUGACGAUCCUCGAUUUUUAAUAUAAUUUACGAUUUAAUUGUAAGAUUAUUCAAAAAUAAAUCUAUUAUCUACAAAUUGACGCGAUUAAUUCUUCUCAUAAGUGUAUCGUUUUUCACGAUAAUAUUAUACUUUCGUCUUCCUUCAAAUACAAGCAUCUGAGAAUGUAAUAAUAUAACAAAAUCGUAAAAAAAUAAUCGAAACUUGAGCUUUCGCGUGACCGUGAUCUUGGUUAUUCCUUCGAUAUUCAGUUCCCGUGUCGGCGACCUUGAUCUCGUUAGAAAACCAGGGUCGGAUGAGAAAGUAAAACGUUUAAACGUAAAUAAUAGUAGAGAAUAAUCGGGAAAAAACGUUUGUGAUAAAUAAAUAAUACGACGGAACGAGGUAACAUGUAUGAGGGGACGGACGUUUGUGAGAAAAUGAAACGGUGAAUGAGAGUGAAUCUUUCGCCGGAUCUUUAUCGGCUGUCGGACGAAAAGAAAUGAUUGCGUCCACAUCGUCGUUCUUCUUCAUCCUUUACGUCCUGAUCGGCUCGUGCCACGGCAAUUACAGAAGAAACGAUCGUUAUCUCACGAAAUUUGAUUUCCCGGAGAACGAAGAAAUAUCUUCGAACGAUGAGAAUCGUCUUGAUUCUAACAGACAUACGAGAUUCUUCGACGAGCUCGGUUUGAUACCACAGACUUGCAAAUACAAGGGGACGAAAUUCGAGUGCGGAUUGAGUAUCAGUUGCGUCCUGGCCGGCGGUAGACCGGUCGAUUUGUGUUCCGGCGGAUUGAUUUGGAGCUGUUGCGUCGACGAUGACGAUAUCCCGGAGAAAAUACCGAGACCGAGCGUUGGAUUGCUUCAGAAUGCGAGUUGCGGCGAACUUUAUACCAGAAGCAAUAGGAUCGUUGGCGGGCACAGUUCAAGUUUCGGAAGUCAUCCAUGGCAGGCUGCCAUCAUAAAGUCAGGAUUCCUGACGAAGAAAUUAUCCUGCGGCGGUGCUCUGUUGAACAACAGAUGGGUCGUAACAGCGGCUCACUGUGUCGCAACGACACCAAACAAUAAUUUGAAAGUUCGAUUAGGUGAAUGGGACGUGAGAGAUGCCUCGGAACGUUUGCUUCAUGAAGAAUUUAACAUCGAAAGGAAGGAAGUUCAUCCACAAUAUUCACCGACGGAUUUCCGUAAUGACGUGGCAUUGGUAAAAUUGUCGAGGACCGUAGCGUUUAAACAGCACAUUGUACCAGUUUGCCUGCCAGCUAGAAAUCUUAAGUUAUCAGGUCGAACGGCAACCGUUGCCGGAUGGGGAAGAACCCGUCACGGUCAGAGUUCAGCACCUUCGGUCUUACAGGAGGUCGACGUAGAGGUGAUACCUAACGAAAGAUGUCAAAGGUGGUUCAGAGCGGCCGGUAGACGCGAAACCAUACACGACGUAUUUCUAUGCGCUGGUUACAAAGAAGGCGGUAGAGAUUCCUGUCAAGGUGAUUCCGGUGGACCAUUGACCAUGUCCGUUGAAGGCAGACACGUGUUGAUCGGUUUAGUUUCAUGGGGUAUUGGCUGUGGACGUGAACAUUUGCCUGGUGUAUAUACUAAUAUUCAGAAGUUCGUGCCGUGGAUAGACAAAGUUAUGAGUUGAGAUCUCACAUAAAGAAUACGUUCUACUGUUCAUUUCGGAAAAAAGAGAGAGAGAGAGACGAACAAUAUGAGAGAGCGUGUGUGAGAGAGAGAGAGAGAGAGAGGAAAAAACGAGUGAACAAAAUACUCGAAAGAUCGGUCGUACAGUGCGUUAACGUUUGUUAAAGUUACCAAAGCUACUACCAUUAACUUUCGAAAGAGACAUUUAUCGUGAUAGGGAUGAUGUGAAAAGAAAAAAGAAAAAAAAGAAAAAGAAGAAAGGGGUAAUAAUAAUAAUAAUUAUAGUAAUAAUAAUAAUUAUAAUAAUAAUAAUAAUAAUAAUAAUAAUAACAUUAAUAAUAAUAAUAACAAUAGUAAUAAUAAUAAUAAUAAUAAUAAUCACGUCGUUCUUCUACGUGCGCGUGCGCUAAAAAAUAAUUUUAAUUGUUACGAAAGAUUUUACUCGAACGUAAAAGAAAAUACCUUUGGAAUAAUAUUUAUUAUAGAAAUGUAUUAUUCAUCGAUCAUUACAAAUCUAUCUCCUCUUUGAUAAAUGUUAUCGAUAAGAGGUAAGAGGCGAUAGAUUGGUGCAUCGAUAAAGUAGUUCCCACGGGGAUAAAAAUCUUUAUUUAUCGACGCGCGAUAGACUGCAUUACCGAUCAAUACUCUUGUUAUUAUCGACGACGUACGUUUACCUUUCGAGGAUAAAAAACAAUGAUCAUCGAUAAACUUGCUUUAAU